UGAUGGAGAAGAUUUAUAACUCAUGUGGAUGAUUUUCGAUGGAGUUUCGUUCUCUGAGUUGGAUGGUUUGGUCGUAGAACUUUCAUUUACGACCAAACCAUCCAACUCAGAGAACCAAACUCCAACAAAAAGAUAGACAAAUUAGUCGAUUGUAAUGCUAUACAAACGUUUUUUUAUGCUCUACAGUUACUCGUUAUCGAUUGGAGACUUCUAAAGAUAGAGUUCAAAAUCGAUCGAAAUGAUGCAAGUACAUUCACUUCUUGUCUUAGAUCUUAAGUUUUAAAAUGAUUUCAUGAUAUUGUUUACAUGAAUUCAUUCUUUCUUUAACGAAUUAUGUCGUUUAUACUUAAUGUUUUCUACUGCUGCCAAUAUCUAUUGUGGUGUAUGCUACGUAUUUUCGCAGAUAUACGUAGUAUGUAACACCAGUCGGAAGUGGAAUGUCUGUGAGCAGAAGGUUGAGAAGAUUGAAAUGAACAAAAGAGAGAAAGGAAACUGAAAUCAAUUAAGAUGACAAAAAGAAUGAAGGAACAAUGAAGCUUAUAAGAGAAAAUUCAAAGAUGUGCGAAUAAUGUAUUUGAAGUAUGAUCUUCAUAUUUUACUAAACAACUAUGUAAUUUCACAGGUUGAAAUCAUGAGUCAGUUGAAGCUAGACCACCACUGAAAACCUGGAAGCACUGGACGGCCGCUUCGUCCUAUUGUGGGACUCCUCAGCAGUGCGCAUCCACGAACCCGCCCCCUGCGGGAUUCGAACCCAUGACCUACUGGCUUCGCGCGCGAGCACUUAACCGUUAGACCACUGAGCCGACAUCCAACGGUGUUAAUGUCUAACUUCAACCAAUCCACGAAGUUGCGCCAUCGAACACCAAUGUCUUCAGUGAGCUGAUAUCUCACAACAGACCUGGUUGUAAUUGUUCAGUAAAAAUUAAAUUGGUCUUUCCCACUUAAGUGUCCUCUUCACUACGCUUUUACUACAUUUACUUAUUUGAGAUUUUGAAAUAAUUCUUAGACUACUAUGUCAACACUAUUUAGUAACUUGAACUGUUGCACAUAAACUAUAGAUUCUACACUGUAUAUGACUAAUUGACCAUUAUAGAUUCUUAUUCUUUUGAAAGAAUGGACAAAAUCUUUGGAAUGAACAGUAUGAAUAAUCCUGCAAAAUAUGAUGAUUCGCUAUGUAGACGACACUUUCGUCAUCGUCAAAAAGAAUGAGCUGGAAAACACUUACAAACUGAUCAACAACGUUUUCGAUGACAUCAAGUUCACGAUGGAACAGGAGUCAAACAACAAACUAUCAUUCUUGGAUACAUUGAUCACUAGAACCGCCACAGGAAAACUGGAAACUCAAGUAUGUAGGAAACCGACCCAUACAGAUCAAAUCCUCAACUACAAUAGCAACAACCCAAGAGCUCACAAAAAAAACUGCGUACACACUGUUCAAGAGGGCGAGGACACACUGGCAGCACGAAAAAAUGGAGAGAAAUACCUGGACGUAUUUCAAAAGAACGGCUACCCAAUCAACUUCAUCAAAAAAUACCAACCGUACGCAGCAUCAGAACCCAAGUCAAGCAGAGAAAUCAACAAAAGGAUCAUCCUACCAUACAUACAAGGAAUAUCAGAAACCGCAACGAGACUGCUGAAAACCUUCGGAAUAGGUGUGGCACACAAACCGACAAAAUCACUACAAUCAAUCCUAUGCAAACCAAAAGAUGAAAUAACAAAGGAAAACAAAUCAAACAUCAUCUACAAAAUAAAUUGUGCCAACUGUGAAAAACACUACAUCGGACAAAGCGGACGCCACCUUCGCCUACACGAACAUCAAUUAGCAGUCGAACGCCAUGAUAUCUCCUCACUUAUAUCAAUACACGUGGACAACUGCGGACAUUCAUUUGAUUGGAAAAUGUAGAAAUCUUGGACAGAGAAAAUUCCAAAAACACCAGAGAAUUUUUAGAAGCCUGGCACUCAGAUCAAUCAGCAAUCAACAAGCAUAUUGAAAUCGAUCCAAUUUAUCAACCAAUCAGAAAAAUCAUGCACAAAUAUAGGAACAAAAAUCAAACCAAUGGGAGACACAACCAAAACAAAGAAGUAAACAGUGACAAAUUUAAGGUCGAUAAGAACCAAUCAACAUCGAGGUGCACAGAACAAGCUGUGAAACACAUAUGGAGAAAUUCAAACACUUCACUUCUAUCUGAAGUUUGUGCUGAUGAUGUCGUUCAGAAGAACGAUGAAAGCUCCACGACCAAACCAUUCAGCUCAGAGAACAAAACUCCACCAGAUUCUUAUUGUUAUUAUUUAAAAAAAACAUCAACAGGUUAAACGAAUUAUCGAAUUGAAAACCUACAAACAAUUAUGUAAAACUCUAACAGUUGAAUUCACAAGUCAAUCUAAGCUAGACCGCUAUUGAAAACCUGGAAGCACUGGAUGGUCGUUUCAUUCUAGUAUGGGACCUCUCAACAAUUCAAACAAAGAAUAUACUUCUGUAUUCGAUUCCUGGUAAACUUGCCAACAUCAUAUAAAUUUUGACCAUUGAAGGAGAUAUACAAAUUAUGGAUCGAUAUGAACCUGAUUUAAGGAAGAUAUGAACUGAUUGUUAUAAACUAUCGUUAUAGAUGCUGUAACUUGAAAAUUUUAUCAACAGUAUUAUAUUCAAUUUUCUUAUGUUAUCUUCUUAACUUUCACAGUUGAAAUCACGAACCAAUCUAAACCAACUCAUUAUUGAAAACCUGGAAGCACUGCAUAGUCGUUUCGUCCUAGUAUGAGACUCUUCAAAAAUGAUACGUCUACAACCCCGCACGCGGGAUUCGAACCCAGGAAUAUCGAUCCAGAGAGAGAACGCUUAAACCCCAGACUACUGAUCGUGGAUACGCACUGCUGAAGACUCCCAUACUAAAACGAAACGGCCGUCCACUGCUUCCAGGUUUUCAGUGGUGGUCUAACUUAAAUCAGAUCGUGAUUUGAACAGUGAAAAUACUAAAUUCUCCACAAAUCCCUAUGCUUAUAUAUAAACUUAUUGGUUGAAAUGUGAGUACUUUAGUCACUAAGCAUCUGCCCCGCUAAUAAGACUGCCUACGUUCUUUAUUAGAACUAAGAAUUGGCAUAUGUUGAACGCUGUUACAGCUAUACUCAUUAAUACACUCUCAUCUCACAUCAAAUUUACGAACGAGAAUAAAAAUAAAUACGGUGAGCUACCGUUUUUAGAUUGCUUAGUUAAAAAAAAAUCUAGAUGGAGCUCUAAAUCUAACCAUCUACCGGAAACCAACACACUCAAAUUGUUAUAUCGACUUCGAUUCAGCACAUCUAUUCAAUGCAAAAAUCUGUCUAUCCCUAAAUCUCUUUAGAACAGCCAAAACGAUCGUUACAUCUGACGAGGAUAAACGAAAAGAACGAAAGAAUAUAAAUAUAUUACAACUUAAUAAUUUUUCUACGAAAAUUAUUAAAAGUGCAAUAAAAUGAGACAUAUUACUGCUAAAUAAUGAUUCGAAUGAAAUACUAUGGAUUGAUAAUGUAGUUUUACCACACCACCACGAUAUAACAGAACUUUAAAGUCUUAAAACAACACAGAAUUAAAGUCUAAUACAAAACAACGAACACCCUUCAAAAUAGUUUAGUUCACAUAAAGAGGAAAAUCCCCUUUAUGUCAACACAGAAUUUUAUCUACAAAUUAGGUACAUAAAGAAACCGCGUAAUAAUCCCGUAAAACUGGCAAGACUCCAAAUUAAAUCGACAAUAGCAGUUUGUGCUAUUUUCAAAAACCAUCAAAUCGAUAUUAAAAACAUCAAAAUAAUACAAAAAGGCUUUUCCAACUCCAAAAAAAGGCGAGUAGCUGAAGCUUUUCAUAUAUUGCUUAAUCCUACUGCCUUCAAUGGAAAAGUCUCAUUAUCCAUCCGACUAAGACUAUCUAUCCGAGCCAUGUCUGUUUCUAUUCACUUCUCAUACUAUUAUCAUACAUACAAACUUAACUCUAUUCUUUCUCACCAAAUAUAUCACAUGUUUUCAUCAUUUACCACACAUACACAAAUAAACAAAUAUGCCUCAUAUAAAUCACCUUAACCGGAACGACAUGACAUAGACUUGGUCAGACCUGUUUUUGACUGAUCGUAACUAAUAUUAUUGCUUUGCACCUUCGUACUGUUAGUGGGACAUAGACUAGAUUAAAGCAUGCUCAAUGCAUGAUUGCUUUGGUGCACGCUGAUUGGCUAAUUCUUAUCCAAUCAGCACUAGCCGAUAGUUGGAGAACACUCUGGAAUCUUCUUAUGUAAAAACUAUAAAUAUACUGACGUUUUCCCUAUUGUGCUUCUGACUUGCUAUUUGGAAUAUAAUCUCUUUCCUGUUCAACCGUGUUCUGAUUUGGGGACUUGUCGAGUGAAUCGGUGUCCGAGAAUACUAAGCAAUAGGAAUAGCUGGGUCAUAACCGUAAGAAGAAAAGAGCGAUUAUAACACAAAUGGCUUGUAUUGAGUGACGAAAAACCAGGAAAUCUAAUUUUUCUACUCAUUAGGAACAGUUUCACGAAUAUAAGGAAUGAAUAAAUUGAAAUUACUUCUUAUUAAAGAAAAUGAAAUGUUAAAACAAUAACAAUAUAAAAAUAGUCAGUAUGUGGUUAUGAAGAACGUUUAGUUCUACUGAAAUCACAAAUCGAUAUAAGUCAGACGAUCACUGAAGACCUGAAAGUACCGAACAGCAGUUUUGGCCUAGUAUGAGAAGUUUCAGGAGUUUUAUUGAUCUCCAACCAGUGGGAUCCAACCGUGUUGGGUGUGAGGAAAGUACCAAGCGAAGACAAUGAAAGAUGAACGCGCAAUAUUGUGGGCCGACUGAAAUUACACUUGUACACCAAUAGAUUUAGCCUCAGUCAUCUAGAGGUUAUACAUUCCUGUGAAACCGCAAGUAUUGAGUGCGAUUUUCUGUGGCGGGGUUGUAGAUGCGCAUUGCUAAGGAGUUUCAUUCUGGACGUCUUUUAAUUGUUUCUUUAACCAUUUAUAAUUAUUUCCGUAAACACUUUAAUUGAUAAUAUUACUUAAUACAUCACUGCCUUGUUGGUAUAUUUUUUUUGUAAAACACAUACAUAUAUAUAUUGGUGUAGAGAUAAUUGACAAGAAAAAUUACUUCGCUCUGUUCGUCAUUAACUAAAAGUCAACUUAAAGUCCAUACAACACAAAACUGUAUUACAGAAGAUGAAAAUAUCAAAGGAUAGUGAUAAAACAGAGUUCAGCGCAUAAUAAGCAUUUGUUAUAUCCCAAUGAGUAGAAAUAUUGUAUUUUUGACGUUUCGUGACUUAGUGUAAGCCACUUCUUCAGAGUAAAUACUAACUCUCUACUCCAUGCUCAAUUUAUUUGAAACUACCAAGUUCAACCUUGAUAUUGAUACCUAUAGAGUUCAGUGCAACGGUCAACCAGAACAUAAAAGGAUUAAAAGUUCGCAUUUGUUUCAAAUAAUUGAUGAAUGAAAUAUUUAAUGCCUUUCAAUUCAACCAAAGUUUAGUCACUGUAACCAGUGCUAUAACAAAACAUGUUGACUUAAGCGGUACUAGAAACAACACCACAAAUAUAUUGUAGUUAUUAUUAAUGAUCAUAGAAUUGCCUAUAAUUUUCUAUUUGUAUAUAUUGGUUAGCUUAUUAACUAAUAUUCACAGAAAGUAUUUGAAGAUUCUGCAAAUAAUUGAUUGUAAUUACUUUUCUGGCAAUAACGAAUUUCCACAAGCUUCCAUGAUUAAAACGACGAAGUUAGUUUCUUCCACUGAUGUAAUAUGCAUCGACUUACCAAUUAUCAACCACACAGUAAUGAACUGAGUUCAAAACCAAUAUAUUUGUAUGAAUUUUUUGAAUUUGUAUUAGCGAGAUUAUGAAAAUAGGAACGCUAGUAAUUUUUUG